CCGGCCCGCGGGGCUGGCGCCAGCGCGCUGCUGAGGUGGCUGUCGCCCGCUUGGAGCGGCGGCUUCCCGGGUCGAGCCCCCGAUGGAGGCCGGGGCCGCAGACGGCCCCUCGGGCGGGGUCGAGGAGGCGCUCAGCUGCUUCUCUUUCAACCAGGACUGCACAUCCCUCGCGAUUGGAACCAAAUCUGGUUAUAAGCUGUUUUCUUUGAGUUCUGUGGAGCAGCUUGACCACGUCCAUGGAAGCAAUGACAUCCCCGACGUCUGCAUCGUGGAGCGCCUCUUCUCCAGCAGCCUCGUGGUGGUGGUGAGCCGCACGAAGCCUCGCCAGAUGAACGUGUACCACUUCAAGAAGGGCACGGAGAUCUGCAGCUACGGCUACUCCAGUAACGUCUUGUCCGUCAGGCUGAACCGGCAGAGGCUGCUCGUUUGCCUGGAGGAGUCCAUUUACAUUCACAACAUUAAAGACAUGAAGCUUUUGAAGACCAUCCUGGAUAUUCCUCCAAACCCGACAGGUCUGUGUGCCCUGUCCAUCAACCAUUCCAAUUCCUACGUGGCCUAUCCUGGGAGCCGGACGACAGGCGAGAUCGUGCUCUACGACGGACACGCCCUGAAGACAGUCUGCACCAUUGCUGCCCACGAGGGGGCGCUGGCCGCCAUUGCCUUCAACGCCUCGGGCUCCAGACUGGCCAGCGCCUCCGAGAAAGGCACUGUCAUCCGGGUGUUCUCGGUUCCCGAUGGGCAGAAGCUCUAUGAGUUCCGGAGAGGCAUGAAAAGGUACGUGACGAUCAGCUCUCUGGCUUUCAGCAUGGACUCGCAACUCCUCUGUGCUUCGAGCAACACGGAGACUGUGCACAUCUUCAAGCUGGAGCGCCCCGCCAACAGCCAACCAGAGGAGCCCUCGACCUGGACCAGCUACGUGGGAAAGAUGUUCAUGGCUGCGACCAACUACCUCCCCACCCAGGUGUCCGACAUGAUGAACCAGGACAGGGCCUUUGCCACCGGGCGCCUGGGCUUCUCUGGGCACAGGAACAUCUGCACCCUCUCUACGAUCCAGAAGCUGCCGAGGCUCCUGGUGGCAUCAUCCAGUGGACACCUUUACAUCUACAACUUGGACCCUCAGGAUGGAGGAGACUGCGUCUUAAUCAAGACCCACAGCUUGCUUGGCUCAGGAACUGCCGACGAGAAUAAAGAAAAUGACCUCAGACCUUCAUUACCUCAGUCUUAUGCAGCAACUGUAGCCAGACCAAGCCCAUCUGCAGCCUCCACGGUGCCAGGUUAUUCUGAGGAUGGCGGGGCGCUCCGAGGAGAGGUCAUCCCCGAACACGAGUUUGCGACGGGACCAGUGUGUCUUGAUGAUGAGAAUGAGUUCCCGCCUGGAGAAACUUGUCCGUCUGAGCUCUUGGUUUCCUGCGGUUCCUGAGACGCUCUGAGCAGAAUAUUGCUGCUCUUGUGAUGCUGAAGGCGAUGCUCUGACAGGGCUGGGCCCUCGCCCUCCUCCGGCUCUGGCGGGACUGACCCCUGUUAGUUAACAGCCACUCGGAGAGCGGAGCGGCGGUGGGAAGCCCCCCGGGCAACUCUAGCCGGGCUCCCCAGCAUCCUGCUUCAGCCCUCCUGGCAGCGAGGGCCCAGGCUUAGCUGGGCGCUGGGCGUGCCUCCUCUCAGCAUCCUGGGGUGAAGAGAAGCUUGUCCCCCUGGUUCUGAUUCUUCAAGCUUCCGUUCAGAGCAACAUAGGGACCCCUCUUAUGAGCUUCAGUCGGAAAACAGCCCAGACGGUCCACUUGAAGUCGUUUCAAGAUGGAAGCAGUGUUUAGGCCAAGGCUUGGAGAGUCAGCUGACUGUCCCUCCUGGAAGCAGAGAGAAGUAGCCAUUGGGCAUAGGUCUUGGGCUGCAGUGUUUUCUCUUGGUCAUGAUUUUGGGUCAGUUGGAUUCCAUUUGCCAAAGGAUGGAGUGCGGGUCUGGCUUCUCUCUUGCAGAGAUCCAUAGGACAAUCUAGUAAGUCUAGUAAAAGAAAAACAAAAGCUGCUGUGGGCCCCUUCGUGCAGGACUGCAGGGCCGUGUUCCUGACUUCCCAAAGGGCUCUGUGGGUUGCAGCUUAAGAUUGGCAUUUCUGGCUUUUAAUAGGUUGUCAAAUACAGUGCCAACCAGUAAAGUUUACAUUUUAGGGGUGGAAAGCAGUCAUUCUUAAAAAUACUAAUUAUACAUUUAAAAACGUCUCCCAGUAGACCUCCCAAGAGACCAGUUGUUUUGCUUUUGGGUUCUCUUGCCCCUACUCGCUAUAGCGGGGCUUUUCUGUCCCCCCCCCAAAAGUUGGUGGUCAUUUAUGUGAAGUUGUAUCUUCCGGGAACCAGAGCCGGUCAGAUGCAGUGGGUAUACAUGUGGAAUCUAAUGGAAUCAGCAAUUUUGGUAAAAGUCUGUGACUGCUAUAAAAGAUUAUUAGAUUGUUAGAUACUUAACUGUAAUCAGAGUAGACCUCGAAACCUCUUGUAUUUACAGAAUUUGGCUAUCGGCAUUCAGAAGGUGAUCCCUUGCCAAAGAAAACCUGUAGCAGAUAAUACGUACACCAUGCAGAUCAUUUGGAGUUAAGAAAAAAAAAAAAAAUUGGAGACGCUUAAGAACUAGCACUAAAAUGAAAGGCCUGUUUGCUUAUUCGGUGCCAGGAAGCGUGGUACAAGCCAUUCGUCCUGUCUCCCUCGUAAGGACCAAAUGAGUGGAAGUCGGUUUAAACUGCGUCGAUUUUUAUGUAGAAGGAAGGCUUCCUGCCAUUGAGAGUGUCGAUCACUGAACGAGCUUCCCCAGAACGGUCGCUAGGCCCUAGCAAUUUCGGAGCAGCCCCCGUGUGCAGAGCCGGUGGUAGGGGUCUCGGAGACCAUCAGACCCCAGCCCUGCCCUCAUGCCUGCAGGCAGAGCGAUGGGGUAGCGGGUGGGCUUCUGCAUCUCAGCGCACAAGGAUCAGGGGCCUGAGUGCCCCCGGGAUGUUCUCGCAAGAGGGACCAUAUUAGUCAUGUCCUCAAUGGCAGUAAGAGUCCGCUGGAGAUGCUAAACAACUUCCUCUCUCUGCCUCAGUUCUGAACUGUCAUGCCUGUUGCAAACAUCUGUCCAGAAUCCUCAUCUCUACCCACAUUCCUUAACACCUUCCGGGAUCCUGACGGAUCUUGGGGUCUCAGCUUCUCCCGGACACGAGCCUAGGUUUGCUCGGAUAAUCUCCUGAGAGGCUCGCUGGGUCAUCACUGCUGGUCUUCUUUUUCAAAUAUACUGACGCUAACCUGGGUAUGAUCCCUCUCAUCUCCUCGGGAUUUACUUUGCUCCAAGCACAAUGAGAGAAAACAGAAUUGAUCAUUUCUGGUCCCUUAGAAAGAUGCUGUAUUCAGGAAGGGAGUAGCUUUGGUUUCAGUAACAAGCCAACCUUGACAAGUCUGCAUAUAUUCUGACAUUCGUCUUACUCUUGGGACCAAGGGUAUUUACUGACAUUUUCAUGGUGAUUUAGCAGUCUGUGUUUACAAGUAAGAUG